CACAAGAGAGAGAGCGCGCGCGCGAGCCCCGAAGCGAGCGACAUGUCCCUGUGGGGAGCAGUGCCUCUGCACCCCCGAGUGAGGAGGACGCAGGGGUCAGAGGCGGCUGCAGGGCGGGCAGAGGAGGGACCUGUGCAGGGGGGUGAGCUGGUGGCCUGGCAGCAGUCAGGAAGGGAGGCCGGCUGGUGACCGGAGAGCCCCGAGGCGCCUGGGGGCCGUGUGGAGAGCCCGGAAGAUUGCAGCCAUGCCUCACAGCUCCGACAGCAGCGACUCCAGCUUCAGCCGCUCUCCGCCCCCGGGCAAACAGGACCCAUCCGAUGAUGUGAGAAAAGUUCAGAGAAGGGAGAAAAAUCGCAUUGCUGCCCAGAAGAGCCGACAGAGGCAGACACAGAAAGCCGACACCUUGCACUUGGAAUUCAGAAGUGGACAGACCAGGGCUACUGCAAGAAUGUCAUCAAAGAACCAGGCUACUUCUCUGUGUGUGCAGGAGAGUGAAGAUCUAGAGAAACAGAAUGCUGCUCUGCGCAAGGAGAUCAAGCAGCUCACAGAAGAGAUGAAGUAUUUCACGUCGGUGCUGAGCAGCCAUGAGCCCCUGUGUUCGGUGCUGGCUGCCAGCACGCCCUCGCCCCCCGACGUGGUGUACAGCGCCCACGCCUUCCACCAGCCUCACGUCAGCUCGCCUCGCUUCCAGCCCUGACUUUCCAGAGGUGGGGUGGUGGGGGAUGGAGCCCCCUGCCCCCAGCUGCCCUGGCAGGCCUCAGGAGGGGCACACAGACUGUGGCCAGGCUGCCCUCGGCCCUCAGGGCCCCCUCUCCAUCCGGAGACCCGGAGGCAGAGGCCUGGACAAGGAUUGAGCACAAGACUGGAGCAGCUGGGAGUGUGAGAGGCCACCCAGCGGCGUGGCCGCCUGUCAGGGUGUGCUGAGCCCCCAUGUGGAUGGGAGGCCCAAUCCAGAGUUCAAUCAAACAUGAUGCCCAAGUCCCACGGUAUAGAGGGAGGAGGGCGGGGUGGGGUUAUUUUUCUAAAUAAAUUUCUUAAAAGAAA